CCCGCACCAAGUAAUGAAACCAAUUGUUUAGUGAAUAGACAAUAGACUAAACUAACUUCGCGAAUACAUAUCGUAUUAUCAUAUUAUGUCGCGUACUAUACAACUUCACAUUCUACUUUGCUGCAAGUAAUUUUCCAAGUAGGAUGAAAUAUUUGAAAACUUAUUGUAGAAUAAGCCGUAUUAAAAAGAAUUUAUGACAAUGAUAAAUUCUAAUAACAUGACAAUCUAUAAAAGUGUGCGAGAAAGACUCAAAAUUAUUCGUUACAAGACUAAUUGUUGACGUUUAUAAAAAUGGCAGUGAACUUGAUACCGCGAAGCAAUAAUACUGCUGAUAAUUUGUUAACUUCAUUUGAUACAAAUAAAAGUUUAUCAUCUCCGAAUUACUUGAAAGAUUUCGAAAAUGUCAUUUUUUUUAUUAUAAAAGCAAUAGUAAUGAGUUUUAUAAUUAUUGCUGCACUGUUUGGAAACCUGCUAGUGAUAGUGUCAGUGAUGCAACAUCAUAAACUUCGUAUCAUCACUAAUUAUUUCGUCGUUUCACUAGCACUAGCAGAUAUGCUUGUAGCAAUUUUUGCAAUGACCUUUAAUGCCAGCGUUGAGCUCUCUGGCCGUUGGCUCUUUGGUUACUUCAUGUGCGAUGUAUGGAAUUCACUUGAUGUAUUCUUCAGCACUGUGUCUAUUCUUCAUUUAUGCUGUAUAAGUGUUGAUCGCUACUAUGCAAUAGUUCAGCCUCUAGAUUAUCCAUCGAUAAUGACCAAUUUACGAUUGGGAACCAUGCUGAGCUUUGUCUGGUGUUCACCGACGAUCAUAAGCUUCCUUCCAAUUUUCGCUGGCUGGUAUACGACGCCUGAACAUCUUGAGUAUCGUAAAAAAAAUCCAGACCUAUGUAUGUUUCAAGUAAACAAACCUUAUGCUGUGAUCAGUUCAUGUGUCAGCUUUUGGGUACCAGGAAUUAUCAUGAUUGCAAUGUAUUAUAAAAUAUACAGAGAAGCAGAUCGUCAAGAAAGACUAUUAUAUCGGAGUAAAGUGGCCGCAUUAUUGCUGAACAAACAUCUUCAAAUAAAUGGCAUAUCAGCAGGCUUAGGAUCCCUACCACCUGUAGAGCCAUCAGUAUCCGAUUCACAGAUGGAAGAACCACAAAUUGCUAAUAGCAAUAAAAUGAAACGAGAAAGAAAAGCAGCAAGAACUCUUGGAAUUAUCAUGUCUGCAUUUCUAGCUUGUUGGCUUCCAUUUUUUUUCUGGUAUUUAAUUACAUCAUUAUGUGACUCAUGUGAAAGUAGUAAAACUGUAGUUGGAGCAGUGUUCUGGGUAGGCUAUUUUAAUAGUGCUCUUAACCCACUUAUCUAUGCCUACUUCAAUCGUGAAUUUCGAGCAGCUUUUCGUAAAACUAUUGAGAGUUGUUAUGGUUUUGUUUUACCUGUACCGGAUGUGAGGCAAGUUCACAGAAAACACGAUUUUGUUCACAGCAAUGCCUCGUCGGAGUUGCACAUACACAAUCAGCCCCGAGGAAGUGAGAUGACUAACAUACACAUGGAGGCAUGUAUUUAGAUGUAAUUUAGGAACCCUAAGGAAAACAAAUUCCUUUAUAGACCAAAUGAUUACAGCGAUAUAGUCUGAAAAUUGUUAUAAUUUUACUCGACUCACCAUUUAUUUUUUGUAAUAUCUUAUAUGGUUUAUUUUCUACUAAUAUUUCGAAGAUAUAAAUUUUAUAGUAUUAUUUACACAAUAUAUACCAAUAUAACAAUAAAUAUGGGAUCGAGUAAACACGGCCAAAUUUGAAUAGUUUUAUUAAGGAUUAAUGAAAUAUAGAAAUUCAUUUUAUCAAACGUACGUGAACUGUAAGCCGUAAGAGAGAUAACUUUUUGAAAAGUAAGAUGAUCUUUUUUGAAACAAGAGAUACUUUUUCAUGAUUUCAUGUUAGGAAUAUAUGGAGAGAUUAUUGUAUACUAUUCCUCUAAAGAUGAAGUUUUUUUAUAUAAUUUAUUGAACUGUUAAAAAGUAUAUUUUGAAUAAAUUUAUUAUAUUAGUUGUUGACUAUAUUGUUAAGUUAUAUUAAGCGUUAUUUUAACUUGAGGUAUCAUUAGUUAGUAAA